AUGGAUAGUGUUUUGGCGAAAAAUUUCGACUUCCUGACGAACAUCUUUCUGAUUAACACUCCCAACUUCUUCACGCUAGUUAUUGAAACACCAACCAAUACUGCUUACCAGGAGUACAUAAGUAAUGCUGAACUUAACAUUCGCUCCGACUCAUCUGAAUUUUGGUCUAUUGUUAACGACAAAAAAGUCCAAACAAGAAUUCCUGGCAUCUUAAAGGACGAUAGCGGCAAGUACGACGGACCUCAGGCCGUUGUCAACGCUUUUGCAGACUAUUUUCGCAGGGUUUAUAUUGAUUCGGCACCAAUCAACGAUCUUAGAACUGAACAGCUCAAUAAAAAUUAUUCGCGAAAUGUCAAAAAAGGUGCGAUAGGGAAAAAAAAUGCUAAAGUCGGGCAUAAGAGACAAGAAUCGACGACAAAUAGAUACUGCAGCUGCUCGACCAAGCUUUGUAAUUGUUGCCGGGAAUUCAACCUGCCAGUAGUGGCUUUGAGGGGACCAGGUUGCGCCACCUUACAAUAUCUCGACGGUGACAAACUCGCUAUAUCUAUGAGUUUUGGAGAACGUGUACUUACUAAUACGACUGUAUCAAGUCGUCGAGCCGAUCCAAUCUGCAUGCCACUUCCAGGAGGAGUGUCAAAAUUCUGUGGAAGGGUUUACAAUAUUGGCCGUAAAGGAGAAAACUUUAAUGCUUGUCUUGGUUUAGAAUUGCGAUCAUCGAAUAACAUUGAAGCAGCAAUGAGAGUGUCCUGCUUUAGAUUUGGUCCAGAAGGGCUUAAGCUCGAACCGCCCCAACCUCUUCCUGUAGUUGAAGAAGACGAUGAUGACGACGAUGAUGACGAUGAUGACGAUGAUGAUGACGAUGAUGACGAUGAUGAUUUUGACUUCGACGAUGAUGAUGAUGAUGAUGAAGAAGAAGAUGAUGACGAUGACUCUGAAAAUGAUGUUGACUCGGCAGACUAUGAAACUUUCAGUGUCCUAGACGAUGACUUCAUUGGAGGAUAUUUCCAAGAAGGCUCUUCUUCAUCUGGCAACAAAAGACGAAAACCUACCAGCACAACAACUGAAAAGAUACCACUCAAACGAAGAUACACCAGACCACCAGCGGUAGCAACAAAACCAUUGGGAAAAAAAGUCAUUACCCAAAAACCCAAGCCAACAAGAAGGGUUGUCGUAAAGACUUCUACCAAAACAACUGUCAGAACAACUACUCAGAUGCCUGCCACUUCACCAAUGAUGGUGGAAGUUGCAGCUGAUACUAUUGUUCUGCCCCAGAAUGAAAACAUGACCUUGAUUCUGACUAUGGAUGCUAGUGAUAACUCUACUAAGUCUGCUAUUAAUGUCACUAGUUCCGAUAUAAUGCCAGCAGAAAUGAGCACAGCAAAUGAUUCCAUACCUUCAAUGGCAAGUUUCUCAUCUGAAAUGCCUUUAGAUACUACAUCCAUCCCCACUUUAUCCAAUGAAAUAAUUGAGUCUACUACUCAACCAAUAAUCAAGGCAGACGAUAAAAUCGAAGAGGAAGAAGAUCCUUUAGUUGAAGCUGUUGAAGAUGUAAUAAACGAUGACGAAAGUAGUGAAAAAAAUACUGAAAGUAAUGAAGAUAGCAGUGAGGAGGAUAGCGAUGGGGAGAGUGAGGAGUCUACCGAAAAAAUUACAGACGCAACGACAAGCUUACCUAAUGACGAUGAUAAAAAAGAAGGAAAGGGCAUUUUUGAUGAUAUUGCAGAUGGCGUAGCUGAAAGUUUCGACGAUGAUGAUGACGACGAUGAUGAUGACGAUAGCAAAGAAAACGACGAUGAUGAGGAUGAAGACGACGAUGAUGACGAGUUAUUUAGAAGCUUCAAAUCGAUGACCGGUAAACACAACAGACAAAGUAGGGAAAAAAGGCUUCCAUAAUUAUGACUUGAUUGCCAAAUUUUAAAACAUAUUUGAUAAAAAAUUCUAGUCGUUUGAAUCAUUAUUAUUGAUGAAGAGACACUACUGUAGAUCAAUUUUAAGGUUUUUAGUUCGCUAUUGAAGCCCAGUUCUUUCGUGUUGACAUUUCUUUCUAUAAUCAUCUAAAAAUCAUAGGUACAAUUUUACCAUUGGCUUUACUCAAGUAUUUCCGACAAGUAUGUUACAUGGUAACGCCACAAUUUUUUCUGUUCAUCUAAUAACGACAUUGUACAUUGUACACAAAAAUUUGGACAGUUUCUCAAGAGGCUUGUUUUGGCCUGUAUUUUCUGUGCCCAAAAUAAAUUUUGAAAAGGUGUGAAUUUUUCUGUGUCCAUUCCUAAAAUAAUUUAUUAAUUUAGGUAUUUAUUUAUUGAAUUAUUUAUUUAUUUAUUUAUUUAUUUAUUUAUUUAUUUAUUUAUUUAUUUAUUUAUUUAUUUAUUUAUUUAUUUAUUUAUUUAUUUAUUUAUUUAUUUAUUUAUUCAUUUAUUUAUUUAUUUAUU